AUGAUGAAUAUUACCACAUCAAUAUCAAACACAGCAGAAAACUACACAAUGGGAUAUGGCCAUCUAUGGUAUCCUGCUAAGAGUAUUUUACUUACCCUAGCCUUAAGCUCCAUAUCUUUACUGACUGUCAUUAUGAAUGCUUUGGUGCUGUAUGUUGUGAAACGAGAAAGAAAGCUGCAUAACAUUGCAAACAUGUACAUUGUAAAUCUAUCUCUGGCAGACCUGUUUGUUGGCAUGACAGUCAUGCCCUUUAGUAUUAUAUACUGUAUAUGUGAAAAAGAAUGGAAACUGGGAAGAGUGAUCUGCCAGUUUUGGCUUUCCGUGGAUUAUGUGAGCAGCAGAGCUUCCGUUUUCAGUAUUUUCAUUCUGUGCGUGGAUAGGUUCCAGUCACUGAAGUGUUUGAAAUACCGCACCAGAUCCAGAGCCGUCGCAAUGAUUGUGGGAUCGUGGCUCCUGUCGCUGACUUGGCCCUUCCCUGUCUAAGGAUGGCACAGCAUUGCAAACAGAAGUAUCAGGACUGUUGCAACCAAUCAGUGUGAAACUGAGUUUCACUCUGUCACCUGGUUCAAAAUUCUUACAGCAGUUCUGAACUUCUAUGUCCCAUCCAUAUUAAUGCUAUGGUAUUACACAAGAAUUUACAUGGUUGUCAGAAAACACUGCCAGCAGAAAGACAAUAUGCAUGGCCUAAUCAACAGAAGGAUUCUCGAGAAUAAUUUAAAGCAUGCGUUACACAAUCGUGAAAAUGUUCUGAACCAGCAAGGUGAAAAAUCACGCCACAGAUUCCUAAUAGUGAAGCCAAAGAACAUCUUAAUUGAAAGUAACCAAGGGAUUGUUGCCUCCUCUAAAUCAGAAUCAAAGGAACAAAUUUCUACGAAUGUUUACGAUCAUGCGGUUCUUCUCAAUAACGCACAAAAUCACCAUCAGGACCAAUACUACAGAUCAAAUGAUAUUUCAACCUUGAAGGAAAGUCUCAUCCAAAAUUGUCUGAUGACUAAGGCAAAUCUAAAGUGCUUUCCUUUGAGUACUCUAUACAUACAAAGAGAAAAUACCACUCAACUAACAAAAUCUGUUGUAAAAGAACAAACAGAGAAUCUGGACGAUAAGACACGUGAAAUAUCACCUAUCCAGACAUUUGAUGAAGUGCCCCCUCAAUUCAGUCUGCAUUCAAAAGCAACAUUCUGGGAUGAUAGUUCUGAAAAAGUGGAAGGAGCAGAUGAUGUUAGCCAAUUUAAGCCACUGUGGCAAAGAUUUUCCUUGCAGUCUGCUCAAUUCCUCGUAAUAAAGGAAAGGAAAGCUGUCUGGCAGUUGGGUUUUAUAGUGGUUGCCUUCCUGAUGUGCUGGUUGCCUUACUCUGGAAUUUUUAUGGUCAUGGGGUUCUGUGAUACUUGGGUCAGCCACAGUUUACACAAGAUCACAAUAUGGUUGGGUUGCAUUAAUUCAACAUUAAUCCCAUUCAUUUACCCUCUGUAUAACAAAAACAUCAAGAAAGCUUUCAAAGCUGUCUUCCAUUUUCGGUCUUAA